GCAGGAGACCAGCGCCGAGAUCUGCACGUUCCGUUUGUUAGAACUCGGGAAAAUGACUCGGAAAAAGUUCUGCGUGACUGUGGAGCUGGACGGCAUCGACAACCCGGUUCGGGAUGAUACAGACGGUGAUUCGGUGGCGCAGGACGCAGACGCGCAGAUCCAGCCGCAGCCGUACGCCGGGAUGCCGAAGGAGGUUCUCCUGCUGUACUCUUGCCGAGCCCGGUACCGGCUGCCCCGGGAGAUCUUGUUCUGGCUGACGGUGGCGUGCACGCUGGCGCUGGUGGCGCUCACGGUCACGGUGAUCGCGCUGUCGCCGCGGUGCCUGAACUGGUGGCAGACCUCCCCGGUGUACCAGGUCUACCCCCGGUCCUUCAAGGACUCGGACGGCGACGGGGUCGGAGAUCUCAAAGGUAUUCAACAGAAGCUGGAUCACUUUCAGUACCUGAACAUAAAGUCUGUUUGGAUCAGUCCAUUCUACCGCUCCCCAAUGAAGGACUUUGGCUAUGAUGUGGAAGACUUCCGUGAAAUUGACCCUGUCUUUGGGACCAUGCAAGACUUUGAAGACCUGCUGGCUGACAUGCACAACAAAGGAAUGAAGCUGAUCAUGGACUUUAUUCCCAACCACACCAGUGAUCAGCACCGCUGGUUCAACCUCAGCCGGAGCAGAGAUGAACAAUACAAGGAUUACUACAUCUGGACCGACUGCAAUGCUUCUGCCCCGAGGCCUAAUAACUGGGUCAGUGUUUUUGGGAACUCGUCAUGGACGUAUGAUGACAUCAGAGGUCAGUGUUACCUGCACCAGUUUCUCAAGGAGCAACCUGACCUGAACUUCAGAAACCCAAACGUCCGCAAAGAGAUGAUUGAUAUUAUUCAUUUCUGGCUGGACAAGGGAGUGGACGGCUUUCGUAUGGGUGCAGUGAAGCGGUUGCUGGAGGCCGAUCACCUGAGGGACGAGCCCCAGGUGCAUCCAAAUAACCCGCCUGAGUCUGUAAUGUCACAGUGGGAUCUCCACCACGACUACACCACAAGUCAGCUUGGGCUGCAUGACCUGCUGAGGGUCUGGAGGGCUGAGAUGGACACUUACAGCUGUGAGCCUGAACGAUACAGGUUCAUGGUGACUGAGUCUUAUGAUUACCAGGAGGUGGGGAAGACCAUGAUGUACUACAGCACUCCCCUGGUGAAAGAGAGUGACUUCCCCUUUAAUUUUUACCUAAUGGACCUUCCUCAGAACACUAGCGGGUUGUGGGUUCAACAUCUGGUCUACACCUGGAUGGCCAACAUGCCCAGUGGACAAUGGCCCAACUGGGUGGUUGGCAACCACGACAACCCUCGGAUAGCCUCCAGUGCCGGCCAAACUUACAGUCGCGUUAUCAACAUGAUGCUGCUGACACUUCCGGGUACGCCUACCACCUACUACGGCGAGGAGAUCGGCAUGGAGAACAUAAAUGUUACAAAGAGUCAGAUACAAGACCCUGCUGGCAAACACAGUGCAAGUACCAACCGAGACCCUCAGCGGUCUCCAAUGCAGUGGAGUGAUGAAAUGAACGCAGGAUUUAACAGCAAAACCAACAGCACCUGGUUACCUGUACACCCCGAACAUAGAAGUAUCAAUGUGGAGUCCCAGAUGAAGGAUGACGCCUCCGUUUUGGCUCAGUACCGUUUCCUGAACUCCUUGCGUCAGUCAGAGCUUCCAUUUCAACGUGGUUGGUUCUGUUUCGUCCAUGCUGAUGCCAGUGUCUUCUCCUACGUCAGAGAGCUGGAUGGCCUUGGUCGAGCGUUCCUCAUGGUGUUAAACUUCGGCCAAGAAUCCGUUAUCACAGAUCUCUCCUCUUUUCUCGAGCUGCCGGAGCAGAUGGAGGUUUUGAUGAGCACAAACCAAGCGAACAAUGGCAAAGUGUUCCAAAAGUCACAUAUCCAGACUGAAGCUGGAGAAGGUUUGGUGAUUAGAUACUCCACACACAUUCGGUUUAACCCCAAACACCCCAGUCAGUGCUACAUCUCGGAGAAGGGCUGCUACUUAGAAGCCAUGGACCUACUUUAUAAAUGCUGAUAAGGACAGACAAUGUCACUGAUGAUAGCUUCAUAAUACAAUCACUUCUUCACAUUUCUUUUCAGUGUCUCCUAAAGUCUAUUUCUUUCAUUGACCACUGUAGUAAGUUUCAGUGUUGACAUCUUCCCUUGUGUCAAACCAGUUGCUCGGUGGACAACUGCUACCUGGCACCUGAAAUUUAUCUCCUCUUCUUCCGUGGAGGCCGAAGAUGGUCCAGG